AAAGGGAGAGAGAGUGGGUGUGAAUAUUUUUUCUCAGGAGAAGUAGGACCCGUUUCUUCCCUUGCCCUGCCAAAAAAAAAGCAUAUCAAUGAACUAAUUAAAGUAAAAUUGACGAUGAGUUUAUCAGUGACGCAGAAUAAGAAUCUCAAUUACCUCAGAAAAAACCUUCUCUCCAUCGUUUAUCAAAAAAGAGGGACAGAGAAGAAGAAGAAGAAGAAUUCACAGUCCCAAUAAGCUCCAACAAUGGCUUCUGCAGUUGCAAAUGGGGUAUCUCUUCUUCAUUCACAGGCAUACCUUGAGAGCAAAGUGGUGAAUGAGACUAAGGCUUUGGUCUCUGAUCUCUGUAAGCAAUUCUACACCCUUGGAUGGGUCUCGGGGACGGGUGGAAGCAUCACAAUCAAGGUCCAUGACUCUGCUGUCCCGAAACCCCAACAAUUGAUAGUCAUGUCCCCUUCAGGAGUUCAGAAAGAGAGAAUGGUACCUGAAGAUAUGUAUGUCUUGUCUGUGGAUGGGGAUGUAUUAGCAGCUCCCUCUCCAAAGCCCUUUCCCCAUAAGGCCCCUAAGUGUAGCGACUGUGGCCCUCUUUUUAUGAAGGCAUAUAAAAUGCGUAAUGCUGGUGCUGUUAUUCAUAGCCAUGGGAUGGAGUCGUGUCUUGUAACUAUGAUCCACCCGCAAUCAAAAGAGUUCAGGAUAACUCAUAUGGAAAUGAUUAAAGGAAUUCAAGGGCAUGGUUAUUAUGAUGAGCUUGUUGUCCCUAUAAUUGAGAACACAGCUCAAGAGUCUGAGCUGACUGAAUCUCUUAGUGAAGCUAUCACAGCAUACCCAAAAUCAACAGCCGUGCUUGUCCGCAACCAUGGAAUCUAUGUAUGGGGAGACUCAUGGAUUAGUGCUAAGACUCAGGCAGAAUGUUAUCACUAUCUUUUCGAUGCUGCUAUCAAGUUGAAUCAGUUGGGUCUGGACUGGUCCAGUCCAAGCCAUGGGCUUCUUGCGAAUGGCAUAACACUAGGCGGUGGCUGGAAAAGAGAUAUAGAUGGGAAGGUGAAAUCGUCCAUUCAAAAUUUAGAUGACUCAUCUGGCCCAUCUAGGCAAUGUAUCCUGCUUGACAUUGAAGGUACGACAACGCCGAUAUCAUUUGUCACUGAUGUUUUAUUCCCCUAUGCCCGUGACAAUGUGAGGAACGACUUAAUUUCGACAUAUGACUCUGAGGAAACUCAAGAGGAUAUCAAAUUAUUGCGUGCUCAAGUUCUUGAAGAUUUAAAGGAAGGAGUUGUUGGUGCUCGACCUAUUCCUCCUGAAGACACAGGAAAAGACGAGGUGAUUGCUGCCUUGGUAGCCAAUGUGGAAGCAAUGAUAAAAGCUGAUAGAAAAAUUACAGCCUUGAAACAAUUGCAGGGUCACAUAUGGAGAACUGGUUACGAGAAGAAUGAAUUGCAAGGAGUAGUAUUUGAUGAUGUUCCUAAAGCUCUUGCAAAGUGGCACGAUCUGGGAAUCAAGGUGUAUAUAUACUCCAGCGGUAGUCGGGAGGCUCAAAGGCUUAUAUUUGGGAAUACAAAAUUCGGAGACUUGAGAACAUAUCUUUGUGGAUUCUUUGACACAAUGGUUGGAAACAAGAGAGAGAGUAGAAGUUAUUCGGAGAUCUAUCAGUCCCUUGGAGUGGACAAGCCAUCCCAAAUCUUGUUUUUGACUGACGUAUAUCAAGAAGCUGUCGCAGCAAAAGCAGCAGGUCUGGAGGUUAUCAUUUCUGUGCGUCCUGGAAAUGCUCCUCUUCCUGAAAAUCAUGGAUUCAAAACAAUUACUUCAUUCUCUGAAAUAUGAGUAUCUGCUUUGAGGUAGUAAACAUGAUGAGCUUGCUGAUUUAGGUUCUCAAGUUGUGAUACUGUUGUUAAACUAUGCGAAUUAUAGAAAUUUUGGGAUGCAUUACCCCAAGUUUAUGACAUAAAUAAGAUAUAGUGGUUGAGAGUUUCAA